AUGCCCAAGUUUACCUCAUUCACUUCCGUUUUCCACACGGGGCCGUAUCCGGCGAUCGACCCAACCGACGAGAGAUUGUCAGCCCGGGGAAAGACCGUCCUCAUCUCCGGCGGUGGCUCUGGCGUGGGCAAAGUGAUCGCGCUGGCCUUUGCCCAAGCCCAGGCCGCGAACAUCAUCAUAUUCUGCCGGACCAUGUCGACGUUGACCAAGGCCAAGGCGAGCAUCGAGGAGGCUGCGCCGGACAGUCCCUCGAAAAUCCACGUCUUCGAGGCCGACAUGACCCGGCCAUCCGACCUCCAAAAGAUGUUUUCCAGCAUCAAGAGCACGAUCGGGCCCGUGGACGUGCUGGUCAACAGCGCCGCUCAUCUAGCCGACAAGGCUCGGGUGUUCGAGGGCGACAUAGACGACUGGUGGCUGAGCUUCCAGAUCAACGUCAAUGGGAGCUACUUGUUGACCCGGGCUUUCAUCCAGGCACUGCCCCCCAGCGGCGAGGGUGUUUUGUUGAACCUGACGUCCGUGUGCGGCCACGGUGGGAGCAUGAUGGGCUUCUCCUCGUACAAUGCUUCCAAGGCGGCCUUUACCCGCGUCCUCGAGACCCUGCACCACGAAAUGCCAAAGCUGAGAGUGAUGAGCAUCCAUCCCGGCGUCUACGAUAGCGUCAUGAGGAGGAGAUCCGGGAACGAUGGAGGCCCAUUUGACGACGAACCGUUGGCAGGGCACUUCGCCGUCUGGGCAGCUAGUCCAGAAGCCGACUUCCUCGCUGGCAGGACAGUCUGGGCCAAUUGGGACGUGGAUGAAUUGAAGGCGAGGAGAGAGGAAAUCCUGUCCAAGGACAAGCUCGUUUUUACUCUGGAGGGAUUUCCCAACAUGGAUCUCAACAACUUGUAG